GAACAGCUCACAGAAUCCUAUAUUCAAAUCUAGGAUAAAGACACUCUUUAGCUUAUGGUGUUGCUUGAGAUGUAUAGGAGGUUUAGUUGUAUGAUUUUUAUUUGUAUGAUUUGUUCUAUUUCUGAUUUUUUUUUUUUUUUUUUUACUUUGCCAAUUCUAUAUAUUUAAUUUUUUUUUUGUUUCUUUUACUGUUUUUCCUAUAUUGUACAGCACUUUAGUACAACAUUUGUUGCUUUUAAAUAUGCUUUAUAAAUAUACUUGAAUUUAAACAAAUUUAGCAUUUUUAAAAUAUUUGAUUUGAUCAUAUUUGCUGUCUAUUUUAUUUUAUUUUUUGUUUUUACUUUUCAUAGAAACUGCUUUGAUAUACCAGGGAACAAUAGGGCAUUAUUAAGGAGAUUAUAGUAUCUCUUUAUUUGCCAUAAAAUAAUAUACUUUUAUGAUUAAUGUAAUCAUGCUGUUCCAUCAGUGAACACGUGCAUUGCUAGCUCAUUGUGCACUGCCUCGGAUGCGCUUGACACGUACAUGACAUACAGUAUAGUGCUCAUUUGUCAUGUCGCACACUUUACAUCAGACACUCCUCACGCUCCUCACACUUCAAAAUUACAUACCUAGUAUUUGCACACAUUUUUGUCAUAUGCAUUUCAGACUUUCUGUAAUUUUGCAUGUCUUGGGGAAAACAAAGCAAGAUUCAAAAACACCUAACAUAUGGUUGGUUUUGUGAAUUUCUUUAACCUCUUAACUGCCCCCUCUGUGGGACGCCUAUGUUUACUUCACUAUUUUACAAUUAAAUCCUAAUCUAAUCAUGACAAACUAUAUAUCGUUGGAAAGGUCUAAGACUCCUAAAUAGGUAUUUUACCACUUUUUCUGUUAAAUAAUUAUGUAGGAAAAGUAAUAGUUUAAUUUAUGACAAGAGUGCACCUGAAAAAAAUCUACAUCAUGACAUGAAUUCUGACCUUUGUCACAAAAAAGUCUUCUUAGUUGCCUUUUUCUCUAUCACGAAUUAGAAAUCAUAAGAAAUUAUUUAUCAUUAGAAAACUUAAAAUCUCAAAAUUCAUCCUUUGAAACCCAUUUUAAAAUCAGACAUUGCAUUACCAUGGAAAUGGUACAUUAAAAUCAUGUUACAAAAUAUUUUCAUUCAUGAAUUAUAAAAAUGUAAGUUUGGAUAGUGCACUAUAAUGUCUCUGUUCAAAACUGUGAGUGACAGUUAAGGGGUUAAUUUAAGUUUUAAAAUGAAAAUUCAUACAUUUUUAUAUGAUAACAUGAUUUUUUUCAUCAAAUUACAUGUUUUGUUUUGUUUUUAUUUAAACAAAUUACAUAGUAAUCUCACUAGUAACAUCACACGAUAUAGUCAAGGUCAAAGGCAUAGUGCGCUAAAUGCACUUUGACCUGCAUCAUGCGAGUCUUCAUCAAGAAGUCAAGAAAUGACAAGCAGUCAAGUUGCAUAACCUUUUAUGACUAGCUCAGGUACAUAAUGAGCAGGUUACCCCUUACAUAUUUAAUCAAACUGAAACACGUGCUUGAUUCUUUCUUGAACACACACAAUGCACAUGAACAGUCUAGACAUCAUUUUAAUGGACUCUGGACUGGAUCUGUGUCAUGAGAUGCUAAACAACCGCUCCAAGACUGUGAACCGGUUGGUUCAGGUGAGAGAGGAAUGGCUGGAAUGGUGCCAGCAGGGUGAGAGGAAUGUGUGGGUGUUGACAAAUGAAUGCCACCGAUGAUAAAGAUCUGUGCUGGACUUGUCUGAACAUUAUCACUUUGGCGGGAACAUGGGGAAAGAAUACUUUAUAGGACUGUAACCAAAACAAAAAAUUCCUUCUAGUAAGGAAAUAUCAAAUGUCAUUUUUUGUAUAAUUUUGAAAGAAACUGCGUGUUAAAUGUCACCAGAGAGUGUUUAUAGUCUAGUUGUUGCAUUUUUUGAAACAGAGGACAUAGAGUCUUGAGGGGCUUGUUGUCACAUGAGGAAGCUGUCAGUUAGAUUUUAUAUUUACUGUAUAUUUAGGCUUAAAUUUUAGAUUGAUGUAUUUGAAUUGCUUAUAAUUUACCUUACACAGUUUUAACAAACAAACUAAUGGAAUUAUUGUGAUGCAUAUUUGUCAGUCAUACAUAAAUGAAACGGGUAAGAUUUCUGUAAUCAUGAACUGAAUAGCACUUUUACAGUCCUGUUCUGCAUGUACAUUGUAUGUGCUUAUUUAGCAAUUACAAAAACUGGGUAAUAACCCUGAACCUAACCCUAAACCUAAACCUAAACCUAACCCAUGUAUUUACCUUAUACUACCCAGUACUUUCUUGAAUAAGUACACAUACUGUGUAUAGUGUAACCAACUGAAUGUGUUUUAAACACACUAAGCAGGUUUAUAUAUUUAUCAAUAAAUCAACCAGUCUCAUACAUAUUAACUGGAUAUUGCUUGUUCCACUGUUAUAUUUGCUUUCACAAUGAACAAAUUUAUGCUGAUUUGAAUACAUGCAUUUUGAAAAUAUUUAAAUAAAAUAAAAUUAAUAUUUAAAUAAAAUAAAAUUAAUAUUUAAAAAAGUAAAUAGUUUAUAAUAAACUAUGCCGUGAUUUUUUUGAGUGCAGAAAUCUUAUAUAUAUAUAUUUUUUUUAGUUAAGUGAUCAUACUGAAAUGCAUUCAGACAAAAGGUCAACACUAUUAAUAAUGUAGAUAUUAACUGAAAGGUUGAAGUGGUUUCUCAGGAUAAAUGUAUUUUUUAUAAAUGCCAGAUUGGGGCAAGCUGUCGUUUUAUUGAGGCAGUUUUACUUUUUAAUAUAGUUUAAUAACAUUUCUGGUGAUCGAGACAAUUGUUUAUUUUUCUAGUUACCUUUUACACUUUUGCUAUCCCAUUAAUUGUUUUGUGUUUCAUAAAAGCUUUACAGUUUAAAAGUAUCUGUAUUGUCUCUGGACCUCCUUAAAAGCCAUUGUAUAAAAAACAAUUGUCCACAAUUUGAUUUUAAUCAAAACUGAUUAAAAACAGCCAGUCAUUACUUUGUCAAUCUGUUUGGUUAUGCUAAUAGUACAGAAAUUACACACUUCAGCUUUAACAUUUUUUAUUUGCAUUCACUUCCUCAGAAGCUCAGCUUCCCUAUGAUAUUUUCAGUUGUUCAAACUGCAAAGCUGGAGUUCGCAAAGCAGCUCAGAAUAGACGUUCAUAAUCUAUUUAGCACUAUAGAACAGAGAAAUCUGAAUCUAGAACAGAGAUCAGGUUUUACAUUUUAUACAGUACAAAUUGAUUAGCUUUUGCCUGUUAUACCCCACCAAAUUAGAUAAUAAAAGCUUUACUGUUCCCAGCACUGGGAAUCUUAAUGAAUACAGGUCUUGAUCUCUCUGUCUCAGCAGCUUGCAGACGUGAUCAAUACAGGCUGGACAAGCUGUCUCCAGGGUUGCUGUACCUGGAGCAGGUGUGCAGGAUGCUGGAGAAUAUUGCAAAGCUACAGCAGCAAAACUACUGCCUGCAGAAAGAGGUGGAGAUCCUGAAGGGUCAGCAUGGUGAAAUAGAGUGUGGAAGCUUGCAUGAGGAGGAAAUAAGUUAUCCUGCCAGUCAAGGUUUACAGAUUCUGGGUCAUGAAGAUCCACCCCGCGAAAAGACUCACCUAAAAGAACCCAUGGCGUUUCGUCACAGAUCAGUAUCUGACACUGAGGCAGCUGUCGGCCGUCACAGGAGAGCAAGGUUUGUUCGAGAUGAACCUAUUGCAGAAGUCUUAGUCGAGGAACCUGAUGGUAAAGAUCUUCUACCAGGAAAUGAGCACAAAAAGCCGAGUAAGAUCCAAAAGCUGAAAUUCACAUCCUUUAGAAGGCAGGAAACACAACAGUCUGACAAAGAAAGCAAAAGCUUUCAGCCUAAGAAGAAAACAAGAAUGCCAAGCUUUUUCAGUAGGAGUAGAAGUACGACUACACGUCUCUAACAUUAAUGCCACAUUGAUGCCUAGUAAUGGUGGCAGAUGCACACCUCCCAUUUACCUAGGGACUAUGGCACUUUUAUAUGUAUAGCUUAGUAUUUAAGGCUGCACUUAAAUAAAGUACUGAGUAGUACUAAUAGUCUUCAUGUACUUAAUGGAUACUUGUUUUUUUGUCAGUGCACUUUGUAUUUGUUAAUCCUAUUGUAUAUAAUUUUGCAAUGUAAAUUACUGCCAAUGUUAAGUUUUCAUUACUAGAUCCAUUCAUUGUAUUAUAGUUAUUUUCUUUUUUUGUCACGAUCUCUGUCUGUAAACCCUUGCUGCUAAAAGAAUUUCUUAUUUUGUAAUAGUAAGGUGAUUUCAUAACAAAUUGUUUAGUAUAAUAAAAUAUAUAAUACACCACUUUCCUUGCAAGUUUACAUACACAUACAAUUUUACAUUCUCUUAGCAGAAUCUGAUGUUUUGCAUUUUUAAAAAGAAAGAUAUGGAUUUUAAUAUACUGUUUUCCACUGUACAAAAUAACUGAUUUUAUCUACAUUUUGCACAUAAUGAAUUUAUGCACAACUAUGAGAAAAGGCUACAAACAGUAAUUGAUGUUUGAGAAGGCAACACAUGAUAUAUUAAGAACUAUAAAUAUGUAAACUUUUGAACAGGAUCAUUUGUGGAAUUUCAGCUCUGUCUUGUGGGAAAUAUAUAAGUCUCUGUAAUGUCAAAUACAUCUCCAUCAGGUCAGUAAUAAAAUAACUAA